AGCGAACUAGUCUUUUGAAAAGACGCAGAUAUUUUCGACUGCACAAGGUCAAUCAACAACCCCCCUCCUCCAUAACCAUUUCUCUUCUUGGGUUAACUCUUUCUUCACACACACAAAGAAAGGAGAGGCCUCGGAGGUGGCAAUGGCGUUGUCCGACAACUCUCGCCAAUCUCUCCUCCCCAACUUCCUUUACUCCUCUUCCUCCUCCUCCUCCUUCGCAUCAUCAUCAUCAUCAUCAUCAUCAUCAUCAACGUUGUUGUCGAAAACAGUCAGCAAUUAUUCAGAGAAGAAGAAGAGCUUGAUGAUUCAGUCUCCGAGCGAGCCCCUUGGUAAGAUAGAGAUGUACUCGCCUCAAUUCUACGCGGCAUGUACAGUGGGUGGAGCCCUUUGCUGUGGCCUCACUCACAUGGCCGUCACCCCUCUCGAUGUUGUCAAAUGCAACAUGCAGAUUGAUCCUGCAAAAUACAAGAGCGUGACUUCUGGAUUUGGAGUUUUGCUUAAGGAACAGGGAGUCAAAGGUUUCUUCAGGGGUUGGGCACCAACCUUGCUUGGUUACAGUGCCCAAGGUGCUUGCAAGUAUGGAUUCUAUGAAUUUUUCAAGAAGUAUUACUCUGACAUUGCUGGUCCAGAGUAUGCAACAAAAUACAAACCUUUGAUAUACCUUGCUGGCUCUGCAUCUGCUGAAGUAAUUGCUGAUAUUGCCCUCUGCCCCUUCGAAGCAGUGAAAGUUCGUGUCCAAACUCAGCCUGGCUUUGCCAGAGGUUUGUCCGAUGGUCUUCCAAAAUUCGUCAAGUCUGAAGGAGCUCUUGGGCUUUACAAAGGGAUGGUUCCUCUUUGGGGACGACAGAUUCCAUAUACAAUGAUGAAAUUUACAUCUUUUGAGACUAUUGUGGAGAACAUCUACAAGCAUGUGAUCCCAACCCCGAAGGACCAGUGCAGCAAUACUUUGCAGCUUGGAGUGAGCUUUGCUGGUGGCUAUGCUGCCGGUAUAUUUUGUGCUCUUAUAUCACAUCCAGCUGAUAACCUCGUCUCUUUUCUCAACAAUGCCAAGGGUGCAACAGUCGGUGAUGCUGUGAAGAACCUAGGCUUGUGGGGUUUGUUUACCCGUGGCCUUCCAGUCCGUAUAUUUAUGAUCGGAACCCUUACUGCUGCCCAAUGGUCUAUCUACGAUGCUUUCAAAGUUUUUGUUGGACUGCCAACUACUGGUGGUGUGACUCCUGCCCCGGCCACUCUGCCUGCAAAGAUGUGAAGUUAGAGUCUAUAAUAGACAAAUAUGAAAGCAGUUCUGUUGGAAGAGAUAUUUAGGAGGUUGCUCUAUUGUUCAGCAGAUUAAUAAUUUUUAGGAUUGGCGAUAUGCCUCUUUAGAUGGAAUUUGAUGCGGUGGGAAUUGUAUUGUUAAGUAAACAUAGUAACAUCUUUUUGCAUUGCUUUUUUAUUUUAGCAGUUUUAUCUCACAUUUUUUUAGAGGAUUUUAUUGAUUUCAUCGUCUCCAAUGUAAAAUUGUAAUUUGAAAUAUAAUAAAUCAAUGAUAUUGCAAUUAAGGUUGCACUUGGUCCCA